GGCUAAUUUCUUCUGGCAAUGGCUGUUUCUGUUGCUCAUACUCUGUUUUUCUUACUACUUCUGCUACCAACUUCUGCUGGAGCUCAAAAUAAUGGUAGAAUAACUGUGGGCACUUCUCUGUCUACAACUGAUAACUUUUCAUGGCUUUCUCCUUCUGGUGAUUUUGCCUUCGGCUUUCGCCAGCUCAACGGCUCAGAUUUCUUCUUGCUUUCUAUAUGGUACAACAAGAUACCAGACAGAACCAUAGUUUGGCAUGCUAAUGGAGAUAAGCCUGCUCCCAGGGGAUCAAAGGUGAACCUAACUGCGGUUCGUGGGCUUGUGCUUACUGGCCCUCAAGGCCAGGAGUUAUGGACUUCUCAGAUUCUUACUGGUGUUGCUGCCUAUGGUGUAAUGAACGAUACAGGCAACUUUGUGCUGGAAGAUACCAACUUCAACAGCGUAUGGGAAAGCUUCCAGAACUCUACUGAUACGAUGUUGCCUACACAGAUUAUGGAAAGGGGAGGUGUUCUUUCUUCCCGACAGUCAGAGACCAACUUUUCCAAAGGAAAAUUCCAGCUACGCUUCGUUGAAGGAGGGAACGAUCAAGGGAUUCAGGAAGGUAAUGUUGUGCUCAAUACCAUAAACUUGCCCACAGUUGAACCAAAUGGACCUUAUUACGAAAAAGACAGCACUGUUGGUGAUCGCAAUACAUCAAGUGCCGGCAAGCAAUUGGUCUUCAAUGAGUCCAGUUACAUUUAUAUCCUGCAAGAGAAUGACAAACGCAUCACCCUCGCACAGGGAAGUCUCUCAACUGGGAAUAAUUUAUAUUAUAGAGGUACUCUCAACUUUGAUGGCAUUUUCACUCUGUAUUCUCACCCAAGGACUUCCGCAGGCAAUGAAAGCUGGACUCCCAUUUGGUCUGUACCUAAUAAUAUUUGCGAGGAUAUUCCUGUUGGUUCAAUGACCGGUGUUUGUGGGUAUAACAGUGUGUGCAAAAUCAACCCACAAGAUAAAAGGCCAACAUGUGAAUGCCCAACAGGGUACUCUUUACUCGAUCCAAAUGAUCCGUAUGGAAGCUGCAAGCCAGACUUCAUACAGGCCGGAUGCAAAGAAGAUAAAAUUAGUUCCAAACAAGAUGAUCUGUAUCGUUUUGAGGUACGAACAAAUACUAAUUGGCCAACAUCAGAUUACAGUAAGUUAAAACCUUUUACUGAAGAGAAAUGCAGAAAUUCUUGCUUGCAAGAUUGCAUGUGUGCAGUUGCAAUAUUUUCCAUCAACAAUACCUGUUGGAAGAAGAAGCUACCACUCUCAAAUGGGAGAUUUAUUACAGGUUAUGGAGGGAAGGUUUUGCUCAAAGUUAGGAAAGAUAAUUCCACACUAGCUGACCCUUCUUUCUCGAAUCCAGGCAAUGAGCCAGUGCGAAACAAGAAGAACCAGGACAUUUUGAUACUGGUGGGGUCAGUGCUUCUGGGUUGCUCUGUGUUUGUUAUCUUUAUAUUGAUUGGCGCUAUUUGUAUUGGAUUUUUCUACAAGAAGAAAGUCAGCAAAAUUGACAGAAAUGGGUCUUUCUCGGAAAUGAAUUUGCGUUGCCUUACAUACAAAGAGCUUCUAGAGGCUACAGAUGGGUUCAGGGAAGAAUUGGGAAGAGGAGCUUUCGGUAUUGUUUACAAAGGAGAAAUAAAGAUGGGUUCUAAUGUACUCCUUGUGGCAGUCAAGAAGUUACAUAGUGCUGCACAAGAGAAAGAGAUGGAAUUUAAAGCUGAAGUUGAAAUCAUUGGUAAGACACAUCACAAGAAUCUGGUCAGGCUGAUUGGAUUCUGUGAUGAGGAUGUGCAACGGCUGCUGGUGUACGAGUUCUUGAGCCAUGGAACUUUAGCAGGUUUCCUUUUUGGAGACUUGAAACCAAAUUGGAACCUAAGAAUCCAAAUUGCUUUUGGGAUUGCGAGAGGACUCUUGUAUUUACACGAAGAGUGUAGCACUCAGAUUAUCCAUUGCGACAUAAAGCCUCAGAACAUACUCCUCGAUGAAUAUUACAAUGCUCGAAUUUCUGAUUUUGGAUUAGCAAAGCUUUUGAAAAUGGAUCAGAGCCAAACUCAAACCGCCAUUAGAGGAACAAAAGGGUAUGUUGCACCGGAAUGGUUUAGGAACAUGGCAAUCACAGCUAAAGUUGAUGUGUACAGCUUUGGUGUCAUGCUGCUUGAGAUCAUUUGUGGUCGGAGAAGCGUGGAUAUGGAGUCUGGCGAGGAGGACAAAGCAAUUUUAGCGGAUUGGGCUUAUGACUGCUUUCAAGAAGGAACAUUAGAUGUUCUGGUAGAAUAUGAGAGGGAAGCCAUGGAUGACAUGGAGAAACUAGAGAGGUUUGUGAGGGUUGCCAUUUGGUGUAUUCAAGAAGGACCAUCUCUUAGACCCACUAUGAGGAAGGUUACGCAUAUGCUUGAAGGAGUUGUUGAUGUACCCAUUCCACCAUGUCCAUCUCCCAUUGGAUAAUGAGGU